GAAGAACAUAACCUGUCUUCCCUUGACAUUUAGAUUCCUAUCUUACUUGACAUCAUAACAUUGACAGUUUUAUAUAUUUGAAUUUUGAUUCACCUGAAAAUACUUUAAUAUUUAUUUGUUGUUAUUCAUAUUGCCAUGCCACAGAAAACUUUCAAACGGAAAGUUCCCUUCAGUGGAAAAGCGAAAAAGGAACAACUCAAGACAAAAAAGCAAUCUAAACAAGGUCCUAUUCUUCUACAGUCUUUGGAAGAUAAAGAGCAAAGUUCCAGCAGCAUUCAGAAAACUAAUUUCCAGCCUACCAAAGAUAUUAGAUCAAAAUCAAAUAGAUACGCCUUGCAGUUCUUCAGAGAAAGUAAUGAAGAAAUAGCAAAACAAAAAGAAGUAGCCCGUCAAAGUUUGGAAGCUAAGACCGAGAAAGAUUUAGAAGUUGAUGGAGAUAUAUUUUUUGAUGAAGUUUUAGAUUUUCCAAAAAGACCUCCAUGGGAUUUUGAAUUGAGCAAGAGCAGAUUGGAAGCACAAGAAAAUAAAUAUUUUACUAACUAUGUUGAUAAAAUUGUUCAACAGUUCGAAGGAAAAGACUUGAGUUUGUUUGAGUUGAAUUUGGAAACGUGGAGACAAUUAUGGAGGGUUCUGGAAAUGUCUGAUAUAAUUUUAUUCAUUGUAGACAUCCGAUUUCCUGUACUUCUGUUUCCUCCUUCACUAUAUCAUUAUGUUACUGGAACUCUCAAGAAGGACUUCAUUUUGGUUUUGAAUAAAAUAGAUUUGGCUCCUGCAAGCUUGGUUGUGGCAUGGAAAUCAUAUUUUCAGGAUAAAUAUCCCGAUUUGCAUAUUGUUAUGUUCACAACACUACCUGGAUACAAUUUAGUUGGAAAACAGUCUAAUAAUGAAGGUAUGUUGAGUAAUUGAGUGAUAUUCUCAUUG